AUCAUAAAUAUCAAGUUAUCAAGAAGAAAACUAAGAAAAAAUGUGUUUUAUUUGUGUGUUGAAAGUGGGGAGGAGUGUCAAUAAAUGGUCCCAUAAAACACUCGUGUGAUAAAGCACUUGAAAAAAAAAAAAAACGAAAAAAGCUUGUGAUGGAAAGCACAAAAUGUUUUCACAACACGAUCAUGAAUCAGAAACCACGUGUUGCUGAAAACAAAACAUUUCGCAUGUCAUGCUGAAUCCUCCAGGCUUAUCUUGUUCCGCAUCGGAGAAAAGGCAACAUACAAGUCGAUAAAGACCCGAUUGAUCAUUCACUUAGCAACACGACGAACGUUGCAAAACAACUUCCUGCUAACGGCGAGGUGUACACACGUUUCUGCUGGCGCAAGUGCUGACGCUCCUGCUGUAAAAGGGAGUGGACUGAACAGAGUUGGACUUUUUUUUGGUCGAUUUUUUUUCUCUCUUUUUUUCACCGUACAUUAUUUUGAAGGUGUGUCUAUUCGACCAAUGACCCUGCAGCUUCUUCAGGCGUGAUUCACGGCAUGGGAGGAGCGCUGCGUCUGUCUGUAAUAUAAACCCGGCGAGGGGAUCCUUCUGCUCAGGAACAGGACAGACAUUCAAAACUCAUCCAGAGGAUUUCAAGGCUUAAGGAAACUUUCAAAGACCGAAGAUUCACCGAUUAUUCCUAAACUUUUUUUCCCACCCCCGUGUUUUGGAGCUCACAGUCCACUUUUUGUUCCCUUUUUAUUGUCACCAAACUUUUAAUUCAACCUUCCGAAAUGUUUCCAGAGUCGAACAAAGGUUUGAGCUAUGAGGACUGCAAGGCCACAGCUGACUGGCUGCUGGCACAGACGGACAUGCGCCCCACCGUGGGCAUCGUGUGCGGCUCGGGCCUCGGAGGGCUGGCCGAUCUGUUGAAGGACCAGGUGGCCUUCAACUACAAGGACAUCCCCAACUUCCCUCAGAGCACCGUGCACGGACACGCGGGACGGCUGGUGUUCGGCACCAUGAAGGGAAAACCCUGUGUCUGCAUGCAGGGCCGCUUCCACCUCUACGAAGGCUAUCCGAUCCAGAGGAUCACUCUACCUAUGCGCAUUUUCAAGCUGCUUGGCGUCCAGACGGUGGUAAUCACCAACGCAGCCGGAGGCCUGAACCAAGACUUUAAGGUGGGCGACAUCAUGAUCAUCAAAGACCACAUCAACCUGCCAGGGUUCGCCGGCAACAAUCCGCUGGUUGGACCCAAUGAUGAAAGGUUUGGCGUGCGGUUCCCCUGCAUGUCUGACGCGUACGACCGAGACCUGCAGCAGCUGGCCAUGGAAGUAGGACAGGAGCUGGGAUACGGAGACUUCUUGAAGGAGGGAGUGUACUGCGUGCUGGGCGGCCCGUCAUUCGAGACGAUCGCAGAGUGCCGAAUGCUCCACAUGUUGGGCGUUGAUGCGGUUGGCAUGAGCACCGUCCACGAGGUGAUCGUCGCCCGCCACUGCGGCAUGCGUGUGUUCGCCCUGUCUUUGAUCACCAACCUGGCGGUGAUGGACUACGACAGCGAGGAGAAGGCCAACCACGAGGAAGUCCUUCAGACGGGCAAACAGCGAGCGGAACAGAUGGAGCGGCUAGUUUCCUCCGUGGUGAACCGGAUUGAGCCCAACAACAACUACAUCUAAAAGCGGGGGACACCCGAGGACAUUUGUAGGUCAUCAUGCCAAGGAGAAUACUUCCUGCCCUAAAGUAGACUCCUUUUUUUUUUUUUUUUGUCUGGGAUUUUGUGUAAAUAUGACAAAAACAUAAACGUGUCUCUCUGAGCCCAUAGGACAUACAUUCCCCUAAAGGGUGGCUCGACAAUAAGUCACUUCUCAGUUUUUUUUUUUUGUUUUUUUUUAAAGGCAUAUUUGUUCUAACUUAUGUGAUCAUCUUGUAAAAUAACUACAAUUUAACUUAACGAUCAUAAAUAUUUUACUGCUUGUGUUUUCUUUUAAUGACUGUUGCUACUAAAAGUGCUAUUUAUUAAAAUGUUCAGCUUGUUUAUGUGGUUCGUUGGGGUGUGGACGGUGGCCACAUCUGUCACAUCUGGUAAAGAUCUGUGAAGUAGAAGGAAAACAAAAGCCCUAAAAAAAACCCCAAAAAACUGUUUUACCCGUUUUAUAGUUCUAACGAUCCCUUUGGAAUAAAUGUUAACUGAAGAAUGUU